GUGUUGAAUGGAGCUGUGACAGGACUGUUAGGACUGUGUUUUACUGUGUAUAGAAAGGUUGUGGGCAGCACACAGUGGAGUUGAUGCAAUGAUCUGUAUACUGCUGGUUGCGGGUCACGGAACCGUGUUAGAGGCUCAGAUUAAGAAUGAUGACACAGGCUUGUACAGCCACCUCACUGGAGUACCAAAGGCCUUGCUGCCCGGCAUCAGAGGAAAGAAGAUCCUUGACUUUUGGUGGGAAACAGUCAAAAUGCGACAGUUGUUCACAGAAGUGUAUCUUGUCACUAAUGCAGACAAGUAUAAGCACUAUGAGCGCUGGGCAACAGCUAAUGACUUCCCGGUGGAAAAUGUGAUCAAUGAUGGCAGCACCACAUUGGAGGACCGCCUCGGAGCUGUGGCUGAUCUGGAGCUGGCCAUACGCAGCCGUAAACUGCAGGACGACAUCAUGGUGAUUGCGGGGGACAUGCUGUGUGCAGACCAGAACUUCGACAUUGCUCAAGUUAUCCGCUUCUUCAGGUCAAAGCCUGGAGAGCUGAUCAUAUACUACGAGCUGGAGGAAGGGGAGAGAAGCAGCUCCAGGGGUAUCGUGGAGGUCUGCCCUGAAAACCAUAGGAUUACUCGCUUCUUGGAGAAACCGCAGGAGGGGCUGACGGCAUCCCGCCUGGCCAGCGUGGUGUUUUACUGCAUCCGGAGAGACACGCUGUCCUACCUGUCUGACUUCAUCACUCUGCUGCCUCAAGCCACACACAGGUCCUUUGGAAGAUUCUGGGAGUGGCUCAUCAAUGAGAAGCAGCUCCAUGUGUUUGGGAUGAAGCUUCCCACCGGCUUCCAGCUCAUUGGACAAGUGGGUCUGUCAGACUACACCAAGUGGCUGACCCACUACUCUACCAAGCAACAAGACAAUCCUGCUAAACCAAUCACAUGCCGGUCACACGCCAGGGUUGGAUUAAUGGGGAAUCCAUCAGAUGGCUUCAACGGGAAGACCAUUGCUAUGACUAUCUCUAACUUCUGGGCUGAGGUCACUCUAGUGGAAAGCCAAACUUUGGUUUUAGUCCCUCACCCACUCAAUGACCCCACUGAAUUUGGAAGCUUGCAAGAUCUGUUCUGCAUCAGCAGGAAGGAAGGGUACCUUGGAGGCCUCCGGCUGCUGCAGGCUACCUGUAAGAAGUUCUACCAGUUCUGCUCCAAGCAAGGCAUCGCUUUGACAAAGCAGAACUUCACAUUGAAGUACGACACCAACAUUCCUCGGCAAGUGGGCCUCGCUGGAAGCAGCGCCAUCGUCUCAGCCACCCUGAAGUGUCUUAUGAAAUUCUACAACAUCACAGACAAUGAUCUCCCGAAGCCCAUACGAGCCAACUUCAUCCUCAACGUGGAGACUGAUGAGCUGUUUAUUACUGCUGGCCUGCAAGACAGAGUGGUGCAGGUCUAUGAAGGGUUGGUCUACAUGGAUUUCAGCAAGAAGCUGAUGGAGGAGCAGGGCUACGGGAACUAUAUUUCUAUGGACAUGAAUGACCUUCCAUCCUUCUGGCUGGCCUACCUGAGCGACCCCAGUGACUCUGGGCGCAUCCAUAGCAACGUCCGCCAGCGAUGGCUGAGUGGGGAGCCUCAAGUAGUUGAGGCCAUGAAGACUUUUGCUGAGCUGACUGAUCAAGCAAGGGUGGCUCUACAGGACCAAGACUGGAACCGUCUGGCACAACUGAUGGACCAGAACUUCGAGCUGAGGAGGUCUAUCUACUCUGAUGACUGCUUGGGUCCUGGCAACCUCAAGAUGGUUCAGUUGGCAAGGCAGUUUGGCUCGGCGGUGAAGUUACCAGGCAGUGGAGGGGCUGUGGUGGGUCUGUGUGUGGACCAGACUAGACUGGUGGAGAUGAGGCAAGCUUUCCAGGAGGCAGGCUGUGUCUUCUGUGUCAUCGCACCAUACAACCCAUCUGCCAGCAGUGUCAGCAGCCAACACUAACCUCAUACCUCACCGGGGCUCAGUCAGGCUGCUCAAGGCCAACUCAUGUCCAUCGGUUGGAGAUGGUACAGUGUGGCCCUCAACAUGUCUUCCAAGACCUUAUGUCAUUUCAUAUGAUUUAUUAUUACAUAGCAAAGAUCAUGCUGAUGAAAUGAUGUGAAAGCCAUUUAUUUAAAAAAAAAAAUCAGGGUUGCAAUCAGGAAAUUAAUAUAGCAGAAGGACAAAAAGAUCAUGUUUAAUCAUGCAUCAUGCAUUGUGUCACUUUAUUUCUAGGAUCUGCAGGUGUCCAGAUUUUGCUGCAGAUUUUCAGAGUUUAAUGAAAAGAUUGUUAUUCUGUGUUACAUUCAUCGUCCACAAUAAUGUAAAAAUGACUGAAAUAUUUUUCUACAUACAUCAAUUGUAUAGUCUUAAACCAUUAUCUUUGUAUAAUAAAUGUAAUUUUAGUACACAAAUUAAAAACUUGUAGAGACAGA